AGGGGCAGGCAGGCGUGUCUUCGGGGACCCCCAGAGGGCGGAGACGGACGCGCCGUCGGGGUGGUAGCGAGCGGGCUGGCCUGGCCAGGCCCUGCGCGGGAACAGCGACAGCGGCGCGAGCACCCGGAGCGAGGAAGUCGGGGCUGCGGGCAGCAGAGCCAGUCUCCCAGGACCUGCUGGAGGCCAUCACCAACGUGCCAGCCUGCUCCGAAGGCACACUUGUGGGGACCCUGGACCAGGGCCACUGCGUAAAGCCCAGAGCAGGGGCCUGACAGGCGCAUAACCAGGAUCCAUCGUGGGGCUGGGGAGAUCCACUUCCAGGUGGCAGCCAGCCGAGAACCCCAGGUCUCAGCCGGGCCUCCCGGCCCUGUCCCUGCAGCUGAAGGCACUUCUGUCACGUGAGGUGUCGAGCAGCAGCCAUCCAGGCCAUGGGAGGGGCUGUGGUGGAUGAGGGCCCUAUGGGCAUCAAAGCCCCUGAUGGUGGCUGGGGCUGGGCUGUGCUCCUGGGCUGCUUCGUCAUCACUGGCUUCUCCUAUGCCUUCCCCAAGGCAGUCAGUGUUUUUUUCAAGGAACUCAUGCGUGAGUUUGGCAUUGGCUACAGCGACACGGCCUGGAUCUCCUCCAUCCUCCUGGCCAUGCUCUAUGGAACAGGCCCACUGUGCAGCGUGUGUGUGAACCGGUUCGGCUGCCGGCCUGUCAUGCUGGUGGGUGGUCUGCUGGCGUCCCUGGGCAUGGUGGCCGCGGCCUUCUGUGGGAGCAUCAUCCAGCUCUACCUCACCACGGGAGUCAUCACUGGCCUGGGGCUGGCACUCAACUUCCAGCCAUCGCUCAUCAUGCUCAACCGCUACUUCAGCCAGCGGCGCCCCCUGGCCAAUGGGCUGGCAGCGGCAGGCAGCCCUGUGUUCCUAUGUGCAUUGUCCCCACUGGGCCAGCUGCUGCAGGACCACUAUGGCUGGCGCGGCGGCUUCCUCAUCCUGGGCGGCCUGCUGCUGCACUGCUGCGUGUGUGCCGCGCUCAUGCGGCCCCUGGAGGUGCUGAGCCCAGGACCUGGCUCCCAAGCAUCCUCGUUGGCCCCCCGGCGGCGGCUGCUGGACCUGAGUGUGUUCCGGGACCGUGGCUUUAUCGUGUACGCGCUGGCUGCCUCCAUCAUGGUGCUGGGGUUGUUUGUGCCACCUGUGUUCUUGGUGAGCUAUGCCAAGGACCUGGGCGUGCCGGACACCAAGGCGGCCUUUCUGCUCACUGUGCUGGGCUUUAUUGACAUCUUUGCGCGGCCCACGGCUGGCUUUGUGGCGGGACUCCCCCGGGUGCGGCCCUACUCUGUCUACCUCUUCAGCUUCUCCAUGUUCUUCAAUGGCUUCACCGACCUCACGGGCUCCACGGCCAGCGACUAUGGUGGCCUGGUGGUCUUCAGCAUCUUCUUUGGCAUCUCCUAUGGCAUGGUGGGGGCUCUGCAGUUCGAGGUGCUCAUGGCCAUUGUGGGUACCCACAAGUUUUCCAGUGCGAUUGGGCUGGUGCUGUUGCUGGAGGCCGUGGCAGUGCUGAUUGGGCCACCCUCGGGAGGCAAGCUCCUAGACGCCACGAGAGUGUACCAGUAUGUGUUCGUGCUGGCAGGGGUGGAGGUGCUGGCCUCUUCCCUGGUGCUUCUGCUGGGCAACUUCUUCUGCCUGGGGAAGAGGCCCAAGAUGCCCGAAUCGGUGGUGGUGGCCCAGGAGCAUCCCAAGCCCCCUGAGGAUGUGCAGGUGGACUCCAGGGAGGUGGAGCACUUCUUGAAGGCCGAGCCCGAGCCCAAUGGGGAGGUGGCCCACACCCCUGAGACAAGUGUGUGAGGCUGGCGCGCCCAGUGGUGCAGGCAGCGGACAGAGACCGUCAAGGCUCGGAUUUAUUUCACAAACAGGACGGGCAGGGGCGGGGCCGUUGGCUUGGGCGGCUGCCCAGGCAGCAGAUCAUCGCCCCAUCAAUGUUUUUCGGGGGAGGUGGCGGGGUGGGAACCGUGUCAUUCCAAAGUGGAUCUGCGGUGAAGCCAAGCCUGGGAGUUACAAGCCGUCCGCACCGGGGACCCCCGCCGGCUGACCCCGAUUGGCCCGGUGCCCACCACUGGGGUGGCUCAAGGACCUGGAAACCCAUGCUGCUGAGACAACACAACUUUAAUCAGAGGCAGGGCUGGGGCCCUCUGGGGACUGGACCCCCAUGUCCUGACACCCCAGCCCCUCCCCAUGCCCCAUGUGCAGGGCCUGGACUGGGUCUUCGUGUGGGAGCAGCAUAUGCUCACUGUCCCAAGCCUAUGGCCUGGUCACUUGGACACUCUGGUCCUGUCGGUGGGGCCGCUGUUUGCAUGUGAUUCUGGCCCAGACCCGGGCGGGUGGAGGCCCAGUGGAUGUAGAGUCUCCACUCACUGUGUGGAAAGUAAACUGCCUCCUGUCCUUG